CGCUCGAGUCCAGAGCCAACUGCUUCUCUAGGAUGCAACGUACCUGUUUUAAAUUCCAGCCGCUCCUAGAGAGUCUCGUCUAGCGCUUCCUUCGGGAUGAUGCAUGCUAAGAUAAUCUAUGCGCGGGAUGUGUUUUCGAUGAGAUGACUGGUCAAUCCUGAGUUUUCGUGCUGACACGCUUCCCGUCCCGCUGCUUACCUUCGAUAUAUAUUAAAAUGUUACCCCAUGCGGUCCUGUUCUCGUGCCAAACCUUCUACCCGUAAAUCCCCAGCUCUUUUUCGUAUCAAAAUUUCAUACUCAUUGGUGAAGUUUCAUCGCGCGCGCCGAGACGCAGCUUUGCGCCGCGUCGCGAAGAAUAGAUAAUGGCAGACUCUUCUAGUUUAAGCCGUGAUCGUGAUGACGCGACGUCAUUUUCAUGGGCGUCGACCCGGACCGCGGUAGAACAGGAUCCAUCGUUAUUGUCGUGGGGAAGUGGCAGUCAACCAUCCGUGCCAUCUGUCGACGAUGAUGCUCAAACAGAGACGAGAUCGAUUUCGGGAAGCGUGAGAUCUUCGACCAUGUCGAUAGACUCGAGUCUUUACCAUUUUGUCGAGGAAAAUGGCCGAACAUAUCAUCGAUAUAAAGAAGGCAGAUACUUUCUACCGAAUGAUGCUGCAGAACAAGAACGACUAGACCUCCAACACCAAUUAUUCACCGUAGCGAUCGGGAAUAAACUCAACAUAACCCCAUUUUCGCACGACCCCUUACGAGUCCUAGACAUCGCAACAGGAACCGGCAUAUGGGCUAUAGAAUUUGCGGUGCAGCACCCCGGAUCGCAAGUCCUCGGCACGGAUCUCAGUCCCAUCCAACCGCAAUUCCUCCCCGAGAACUGCCGCUUCGAAAUCGACGACGCAGAAGACGAAUGGGCCUUCAGCGAGCCCUUCGACUUCAUCCACGGCCGCGCGCUCAUGUCCUGCUUCAACGACCCCGCGGCCGUGGUGCGGCAGGCCUUCGCGAACCUGGCGCCCGGCGGGGUGAUGGAGUUCCAGGACGCGCUGUUCCCGAUGAGCUACGUCGGCGACACGCCGGUGGACUCGGCGCUGUACCGCUGGAACGAGAUGAUGGUCGAAGGCGUAACGCGCCUGGGCCGCUCCUGGAGUAACGUCAAGAACUACCGCCGCUACUUCGAGGAGGCCGGGUUCGAGGAUAUCGUCGAGAAGCGCUUCUACUGGCCCACGAGCCCGUGGGCGAAGGGGUUGUAUUUUAAGCUUGUGGCGGCGUAUUUUCAGGAGGAUAUGUUGGCGGGCAUUGAGGGGAUGAGUUUGAAGGUUUUGGGCGGAUUGGGGAUGUCGACGGAUGAGGUUAAGGGCUUUGUGGAGGAGGUGAAGAGGGAUUUUAGGGAUACGAGUGUUCAUGCUUAUUUGACUGUGUGA